AUGGCGCCCCGCAAGAAGACAGAAGAGAAGGCCACAGCCAACGAGGCCGCAGAUCUAGUAUUGGAGUAUCUACGCAAGCAAAACCGCCCAUACUCGGCUAUCGAUGUUUCGGCGAAUCUACACAACAAGGUCACAAAAGCGUCUGCGGCAAAGAUUCUGAAAGACCUCCACGAACAGAAAGCAAUUGAGGGGCGUGCCGCUGGUGAGCUUGGUCGAGCCUAUCUGCAAUUCAUAUCAAUUGACAACUUCAGGCAAGCAAAUCGUAUACCACGCUUUACAGCCGAAGCAUGCACCACUGAACAACUCGCCGCUCUCGACGAAACCAUUCUCGAUCUCCGCACACAAACCACCACUCUUGUCGCAGUCGCAAAGAAUCUCCGUGGCUCCUUGUCCAGUCUCAACUCCACGCUCAGCACGGCAGAUCUUAUCGCCAAUGUCAACACUCUUGAGACAGAGAAAGAACAGAUCGAGUCUAGGCUUGAUGGACUGAAGAAGGGAAAGGCGAAGAAGGUCACGACAUCAGAGCGAGAAGCGAUUGAGAAGGAGUGGAAGAAGAGCAUUCGUGUGGCAAAGAAGAGGCAGAAGAUUGUGACGGAGAUGUGGAAAGAGAUCAAGGAGAAUUUCCCUGAUCCGCAAGAGAGAGAGGACCAGAGGGAGAUGUUCGAUCUCGACGGAUGA